AUGAGGAUACUCCUUGCCGACGAAAUUUCCAAGGAUGAUGGGCUUCUGGAGUUCGCAAAUUUUUUCCAAGAAACUUAUGUUGGCCAGCAGAUUUAUGAUGACAUGGAAAUUCCUGGGAAAUCCCCCUACCAGACUUGGAACAUGUAUCAACGAACCUCACUGGUGGUGAGCGACAGCCUCGGCAGGUUUAGAGUUGUGGUGAAGAAGACGAGACCCAACCUUGGCAUCGCCAUCGAGGGCGGCGCCGACACUAAGCAGAAGCUGCCCAGAGUCAUCAACAUCGCUGCCAACGGCGCUGCAUUCGAGGCGGGCGGGCUCAGGGUGGGCCAGCUCAUUCUGGCUGUGGACGGGCAAAAGCUGGACGGACACAAGCACGAGGACGCCGCCCGCCUAAUCGCCGGCUGCUGGGUGAGCCGCUCGCGCCCCGAGGUGGAGUUCAUGGUGGUGGAGCGGAAGCCCACGGCGGCCGACGUCCGCCGCUCCUCCAUCUCGCUUCUGUCGCAGAUGUAGGCGGAGGAGCUGGCGACAUACUUCAGCGUCGGAGAUGUUCGGAGCAGGUCGAGCCCCCGCGGUGGAGGGCGAUGUCUACCUCUUGUCGCAGAGAAGACGACGGGUAACUUU